GCGGCGUAGAGGGCUUGACUCGCGCCCGGUGCCGGGCUUCCGAAGUAAACGGCGCACCGAGCGGCGAUGACGGCGGAGGAGAUGAAGACGGGGGAGACUGGGGCGCAGUCGGCGCCGCUGCCCCUGGACGGAGUGGACAUCAGCCCCAAGCAGGAUGAAGGCGUGCUGAAGGUCAUCAAGCGGGAGGGCACAAGUACAGAGAUGCCAAUGAUUGGUGACCGGGUCUUUGUGCACUAUACUGGCUGGUUGUUGGAUGGCACUAAGUUUGACUCCAGUUUGGACCGCAAAGACAAAUUCUCCUUUGACCUAGGAAAAGGGGAGGUCAUCAAGGCUUGGGACAUUGCUGUAGCAACUAUGAAGGUGGGGGAAGUGUGCCACAUCACUUGCAAACCAGAAUAUGCAUAUGGUUUGGCAGGCAGUCCUCCAAAGAUCCCCUCCAAUGCCACACUUGUGUUUGAGAUAGAGCUGUUUGAGUUCAAGGGAGAGGACCUGACAGAAGAUGAAGAUGGUGGCAUCAUCCGCAGAAUACGGACUCGGGGUGAAGGCUAUGCCAGGCCCAAUGAAGGCGCUAUCGUGGAAGUCACACUGGAAGGAUACUAUAAGGACCGGAUGUUUGACAAGCGGGAUCUCCACUUUGAGAUUGGCGAAGGGGAGAGUCUGGAUCUACCUUGUGGGUUGGAGAAAACCAUUCAGCGCAUGGAAAAAGGAGAACAUUCCAUUGUGUGCCUCAAACCCAGCUAUGCUUUUGGCAGUGCUGGAAAGGAAAAGUUCCAAAUCCCACCACAUGCCGAACUAAAAUAUGAAAUUCACCUCAAGAAUUUUGAGAAGGCCAAGGAGUCUUGGGAGAUGAAUUCGGAGGAGAAGCUGGAACAGAGCACCAUAGUGAAGGAGCGGGGCACUGUGUACUUCAAGGAGGGCAAAUACAAGCAAGCUUUGCUACAGUAUAAGAAGAUUGUGUCCUGGCUCGAAUAUGAGUCAAGUUUCUCCAGUGAGGAAGCACAAAAGGCACAGGCUCUCCGACUGGCUUCUCAUCUCAAUCUUGCCAUGUGCCACCUGAAACUGCAGGCCUUCUCGGCGGUCAUUGAAAGCUGCAACAAGGCCUUGGAACUGGACAGCAGUAAUGAGAAGGGCCUCUUCCGCCGAGGCGAGGCUCACCUGGCAGUGAAUGACUUUGAGCUGGCACGGGCCGACUUCCAGAAAGUCCUGCAGCUCUACCCCAACAACAAGGCCGCCAAGACCCAGCUGGCCAUCUGCCAACAGCGGAUCCGUAAGCAGCUCGAACGAGAGAAGAAGCUUUAUGCCAAUAUGUUUGAGAGGCUGGCUGAGGAAGACAGCAAGGCUAAGGCUGAAGGAGCUGCAGGAGACCAUAAUUCUGACACCGAGAUGAAGGAUGAGCAGAACGUGGCAGGGAGCCAGUCUCAGGUGGAGACAGAAGCAUAGCCUCUCCCCAGCCCUGCUACUGCGGCUGCCUGCCUCCCCUGUUCCUUACGCAAAUUCCACCCUGUUAGUUUUGUAAAAACUGAAGACUUUUGAGUGAAUUAGACCUUUAUUUUUCUAUCUGGUUGGAUAGUGGCUUUGUGGGGGAAAGGGGGAAAGGAGUAGGCUGAGGGGUGGAUUGAGGUGGGAAUAAUUUCUAGGUGGUGUCAUUUUCCCCCCUUCCUGAUUGCAUAUAAACAUACAUUUAUCUUUUUACUCACCAGGAUGUUAAUUUAUUUUGCUUCCUCUUUUUGCUAGGUCUAUUUUCAAAUGGUAAAAGGGGAUGAGUGGUAGAGAUAGGGUCUGAUGUGAACCCAGGGUGGAGAGGGAGAACCUCAGGCAGCCGCUUUCCUCAUCCUGUCCCUCUCCUGGUCCAUUUCCAAACAUGUGGACUCCAUGUGGGUGCUGGGUAGAUGGGAGAAACCACUUUUGUGCCCAUUACUUCGCUUUGUUCCCUUCCUCACCCCAGAUGGUGUGGCUGAUGCUGUCUCUUGGUGUCAUGGUAACCACCCCCUGCACCCCCAUCCAUUGUUUCCUCUCCUGUCCAUUCCUCUUCUCGGCCAGGUUGUAUCCCAGCCCCCCUCAGCCUCUUCUCUGCACGUUGCUGAAGGUCCAGGCUCUCCUCAAGUUCCUCGCUUGAGCAAUAAAGUGGAAACCAUAAAAUCUGGAUGUCAG